GCAGUCCACAGAUCUGUGAAGUCAGACAGACAACGGCUGUACUGGGAGUGUUUUAUGGCUGCCUGCUCAGCACGACGUCCAGUAAUUUUUUGUAUUUAAGAAUACUCGAUGUUUUUAGAAGCCGUGAAAACGAAACUAUCGAUCUUUAUUAAACGAAGAAUGUAGUCAAGACAAAGUCGACUGAAUGUGAACACGGCUAACUUUUAAGUGCUAACGUUAAAUGACUCAGUCGUCGAGCGAAAUUCAACUUCAUCGAUCGCAGAUCUUCUGAAAAUACACAACGGAAGUCUCACUAGGAUUAAAAGCAGUGCUUGAAGACUUGGACUUGAUGUUUUACGAAGACCUACAUGAAGUUAACGGGUCAACUAUCUUUUGUAACUUUUCUUCCUCAACAGCGGUGCAAACUGUUGUCGUGGUGGCGUACAUAAACGUCGGCUAAUUUUAGCAAGCUAACGUUAGCUAACGUUAGGUAGCCAGCAGCAUAUCGGUACAGUAGUUUGCUACUGUCAAGACUACAAUUCAUUCAGGCAACUUUUUAUGACAAUGUCUUUCAUACGUUUUGCAACAGGUAGACCUUUAGCAAACACGACGAAGCAGUAAAAAAAAAAACAUCAGACACUUUCAAAUUUAUGUGAUAAUUGUCCUAUGUUUGUAUCUUCAGGUUAUACUGUGGGCAGUAUCAUGAGUUGUAGUUUGGCUUUUUGGUUCGUGUUUUGAAGAUUGUUCCAGAAAACAAGUUAACGUUACCCGAAUGAUGCAGUCUUUGAACACAGUCUAACCCCAAUACCGAGCGACCAUGUUGGAUCAUACAGACUAACAUCAGACUUGGAAAGGAGACGAGCUUCAAGGCGUGCAUUUGGCUCCAUAUUUUUGUGCUAAUGCGAGCAGAAGAGGACACAUUUGAAUUGGCCUAGGGAUACAUUAGCUUAUCUGAAGUCUUCGUCAGUUUGUGCAUCAAAAUGUCGGCCAUCUCCGCAUCCGAGAAAGUGGACGGGUUUACGAGAAAGUCCAUGAGGAAGGCCCAGAAACAGAGAAAAUCCCAAGGCUCUUCUCAGUACCGCACACAGAGCGCUCCGGUGGAGCUUUCACCCCUGCCGCAGCUCAAAGAUGCCCCCUCCACAGAGCAGCAGGAGCUGUUCACCAAGAAACUCCAGCAGUGCUGCAUGCUCUUUGACUUCCUGGACUCGGUGAUGGACCUGAAGAGCAAGGAGAUCAAGAGGGCCACACUUAACGAGCUUGUGGACUACGUUUCCACCAAUAGAGGAGUGCUGGUGGAAUCUACGUACCCAGAGAUCACUAAUAUGAUCUGCACCAAUAUAUUCCGGACUCUUCCACCAAGCGACAACCCUGAUUUUGACCCAGAGGAGGAUGAACCCACUCUAGAGGCUUCCUGGCCUCACGUUCAACUGGUCUAUGAGUUUCUCCUACGCUUUCUAGAGAAUCCAGACUUCCAGCCCAGCAUUGCAAAGCGCCACAUUGAUCAGAAAUUUGUUCUGCAGCUUCUGGAGCUGUUCGACAGCGAGGACCCGAGGGAGAGGGACUUCCUGAAGACCAUCCUGCAUCGGAUUUAUGGAAAGUUCCUGGGGUUGCGUGCCUUCAUCAGGAAGCAGAUCAACAACAUUUUCUUGCGGUUCAUCUAUGAAACUGAGCACUUCAACGGCGUUGCUGAGCUGCUAGAAAUCCUGGGGAGUAUCAUCAAUGGGUUUGCGUUGCCUCUGAAGGCAGAGCACAAGCAGUUCCUUAUGAAGGUGCUCAUCCCGUUACAUACAGCUAAAGGACUGGCCCUUUUCCAUGCACAGCUGGCCUACUGUGUGGUCCAGUUCCUGGAGAAAGAUCCUACACUCACUGAACCGGUGAUCCGUGGGCUGCUGAAGUUUUGGCCUAAAACCUGCAGCCAAAAAGAGGUGAUGUUCCUGGGUGAAAUUGAGGAGAUUCUAGAUGUUAUUGAGCCAACACAAUUCAAGAAAAUCCAGGAGCCGUUGUUCAAACAGAUCUCUAAAUGUGUUGCCAAUCCACAUUUUCAGGUAGCCGAGCGAGCACUGUACUUCUGGAAUAACGAGUACAUUCUCAGCCUCAUCGAGGAGAACAUUGACAAAGUCCUUCCAAUCAUGUUUGGUAGCCUGUACAGAAUCUCCAAAGAGCACUGGAAUCCGACAAUCGUAGCUCUGGUCUACAACGUGCUGAAGACACUGAUGGAGAUGAACUGCACGCUGUUUGAUGAGUUGACCUCCUCCUAUAAAGCAGACAGGCAACAGGAGAAGAAGAAGGAGCAGGAGAGGGACGAGCUGUGGAAGAAGCUGGACGAGUUGAGGCUCAGCAACACCAAUCUGUUCCAGAACAACAGCCGCGGGCUCCCUUGUGUCCAGAACAACAACAACAACAACAACAACAACAACAAUAGUAAUAAUGACAACCAAGACAAGAGCGCUGAGGCUGCAGCCGUCGCCACAGACAACAAAGAUCCUGAGGUCAAAGAUCCUGACGUCAGUGUGGCAGCCAGUGAGAGCACCCCAUGUGCCAAAUGACACCGGAUGUCAGUUUUUUAUUCCGUAACGGUUUGACAUUGUGUUCAGGACUGUCAGGAGAGGAUUAACCGAGGCAGAAAAACACAAAUUACACCUCAACAGUAUAUUAAAUCUACUUAGAGUUACUUAGAAUUUCUUUGGCAGAAAAAAAAAAAAAUUAUAUAUUUCAACUUAAGACUAUUUUUGGAUGUUACAGUGUGGCUGCAGUAUAUUGUUUAUUUGUCUGAUCAAAGAUUUAUCCUUUCACAUUUAGUUUCUUAACUGAAAAUGAUUUUUUUUUUUUUUUUUGUUAUAUUCAUUGUACUUAGGAGGGGAGAAAAUAAUGACUUGAAUUCAAUGUUUCCGAUUGUGCUGCACUUAGACAAGCUGAAUAGCUAUUUAAAGAUGUCUAUUUUUUAAUGUGCUUUUCCUUGUUGCUGCCAACACUUGGGUGCAAACCUUAAGGAAGAAGGGAACUGCAGACUUUGGGAGUAUUUGGGGGCAGAUGGGACCAGAUCCAUAAUUAGAUAAUUAGUGUCCAUUGAUGUAUAGAAAAGGAGUGUUAUCGGGAGCAAAAGCUACAGGACAGCUAGAGAAUGGGAGGUGCAUGGCCAAAAAAAGAUGAAUCCUAAAGAAGAAUAAUCCCAGAUUGAUAUCUCUGUAAGUGUCUCUAGUUAGGACUAUGAAGUUAAAACUUGUUCACAAUUAGGGUCAAUGUCAUAUUUGUGAGAUUAUUUUGUUUUGUUUCGGGUGUUGAUAAAUAUUUUUUUUAUCUGGGUCAAAACGUGAAGCUAACAGGUGUAACACAACACCUGCAUUUAUAAGAUUACACUAAAAUAUUGAGACAGGGCUUUCAAGGAUGGAAACAUUUUUCAGCCUGACUGGAAAUGAAUGAAUGUUUCGACAUUUUGGGGAUCAGACUUAUCGGCUUUCUUGCUGAGAAUUAGAUGAGAAGAUUAAUACCGCUCUAUAUGUUUGUACUGCAAAUAUGAAGCUACAGUCUGCAGCUGGUUAGCUUAGUAUAGCAUAACGGCUGGAAACAGAAGGAAACCGCUAGCCUGGCUCUUUCUAAAGCUGUGUUCAGACCAACUUGAGCCCUGGAAAAAAAACGAGUCAUCCAGCAAGGCACUGCAUUGGCCAAUCACAUACAUGCAGGCACACAUUCCUGGUAGAUUACCUCACAAUUGUUGUGACCAAAGAUAAAAUAGUUAUUUUACAAAAAAUAGUACUUAUUUUUACUUUCCAGAGGUAUAAAAUCCUGUCUGUGGGUAUUACAAACCGUUUAAACACAUUAUUCUGUUGCUCCACCUGGAUUUCCUGGAGCAUAUUUCAUUGUCUCACUGGUACCUUAAACAACACGCCCCCACCAAUGCAGCCCCAACGACGUGUAAAACUCUCAAUUUACCAUUUUAAGGGGCCGUUACGCACUGGACUAUUCCUGAAUUGUUUUUACAUUUGAUUGUUCAUAUUCAUUAAACAAACAUGCUCAUUAUUGAGCUUUAGAGGAGAUGGGAGGCAGAUUUUGAUACUUUUGGACAGAGCCAGGCUAGCAAUUUUUUUUCCCCCUUUUUCCAGUCUUUAUGCUAAGCUAAGCUAACCGGCUGCUGGCUGUAGCUUCAUAUUUUCCGCGCAGACAUGAGAGGUGUCGAUCUUCUCGUCUAACUCUCGGCAUGAAAUUGAAUACGAGUAUUUCCCAAAAUGUUGAACUAUUCCUUUUAAAAGUAGUAGAUUAAGAAAUAAAAACAUAUGAGACCUACAGUACUAUAUUUUUGACAUGGCAAAUAUUUUUGAAUGUUUCAUUUUGAAGAUAGAUUAUGAUGGGAUGCGCUCGAGUGUAUAUUUGUUGAGUGCAUAUAUGUGUAUAUGUUAGUUUGGAGGCUACUUAAAGGGAUAUGCCACUCAAUUUAAGAUUUUCUGUACAGUAUAUUGUUUCCGUGGUCUAGGAAAAGUGCAGUCAGUGCUUAGGAACAUAAAUGGUUUUCUGUCACAGCUGAAAAGCAAAGACGUACACUUGUCUUACCACUUAUCUGGUAUUUUGCAAUGCACUGAGGCUGAUGUUGUGUAUUGUGCGUUUUAAUAUCCAAACAUGGCUCAAUAUGAAGUAGUUAUAUCAAAAAAAUGAACGCUUAAACACCAGAAAAUCCAAGUAAUCUUUACCAUCAAUGCCUGUUCACUCCCUGCAUCUCCAGACUUCAUAACCUCACAUUUGCUUUUAGAUUCUGACGUUGACGCUGAGUUGAUAAAAGUAUUCAUAAACUUUAUCUGACUGCCGUAGAUCAUAGGAACGACUUUUUUUUUUUAAAUUGAAUGGUGUUCCCUCUGAACCCUGAGUGUCUGCUAGCUAACUUCUUAUAAGUUCAUAUUUUUAGGUCCAGUCUUUCUGAUGCCUUUCUGUCAGUACAGCAUUCCAACCUCUGUGACGUUAUAUAAAACUGUUUGGGGAACCUGUUUUGUAAUCGCAGAUCUUAUUUAGGUUUCACCAUCAAUUAAAGUCUACUUUAUCUUUCUACUCAAAGCAUAA